AUGAGAACCACUAGAAAUAGUAAUAAAGCUACUCCAAACUACUCCACCGACCCUACUAAUGAUCCCCCAAUCAUUGAAACCCCGGUUUCUUUGGGCUCUUCAUUGGAUGUUGGCGCAAAAUCUGAAACCCCGAUCCCGAUAGCAAACAUAAACAAACAAGCUAAAGAUCAAGAUUCCGAUGAAGAAAUUACUGAUGCAGCCGACAAUACUAUUAAUAGUACUGUUGAAACCUUUUUAACUGCUUCAGAAGAUCCUGAAGCGGACCAAAACAUGGAUUCCAACGCCAUUUCUACCCCAACUACCUCUCCAGCAAUUAAUGUUUCUUCAGUUGAUUGCGAUCGCAAUUCUCAUGCAGCAUGUGACACUGACAUUGACAUGCAUAAUCCUGUUAUUCCAACCCAAGCCGUUAUUUCUACUGAUUUGAUUAAUGAAAACUCCGAAAACCAAAAAAAAAUCGAAAAUUCUCAAAACCCAAAAAAAAAUUCUGUUUCUGUUCCUUCUGUUCCUGUUCCCUCUGUCUCAUCUUCUACUGUCGCCUCUCCAACUACGGCCUCCAAUCCGGUGGCUCCAGCUGUCAAUGUGACAAGACCAAUCCAAACCUAUGCUCAAGCCACCGCUGGAGACAAGCGCACACCUCGAGCCACUACAAACAUCAAUGAUCCAUCCUUCCAAAACGUGUUGAUGAAAUUUGAAAGAACUUUCAAAUGGGCAAGUCACAUCAAAAUCCUUGACUUUAAGCACCGCGACGUAUUGGAAUAUGCCAUAAGCGAGAAACGCAAAUCAGGAAAAUUGUUCUCCACCUCCAAUCCUGCUAUUAUUAAAUCCAAAGAAAAACGCGAGGAACUCGUCAAGAUCAUGGAAAUUGAAGAUUUCUUCCAAAACUACACCAGUUUUAAUAUGACAAACGAAUUCAACAGAUUGAGAAACUCUAGAAUCAGCUUGGAGAACUACUUGGAAUUUAUCAUGAGCCAACAGCAUCUUAAGGAUAUCUUAAUCUACUUUAAGAUCCCAAAAGAUAUCUUUACAGAGUUUCCUCUUGAAAAACACUUGGAAUCCAUCAAAAACGGACUCACUAAGUUAUCCAAAGAACUUGAUACUAUUACACAGUCAUCCAACGAACCAGAUAAGGAUUUGAUCAUAAUCAGGGAAAACUUAAAAGGGGCCCUCAACCACUUGGUUAUUUUUAAUAAGAAGAUCUGCCUUAACUCAAACUUCAUCCCAAACCCUCAGGAUACAGGCUCUGAUAUCUUCAAGAAGGACAGAAAUCUUUUAAUUGAAUAUCUUAACAUCCACCUUAAAGUUACAGUUGGAAAUUAUACCUACACGCCAGGGUCUUUGUUAAACACAAUGAAUAAGGAAUCCCAUUUAAUUGAGAUUGAAAUGAAUUCCGAGUUUACUGAAUUUAAUCGGGAAAAACUUCUUGACCAUGUCUUCAAUGAAUCCGGAAUUGAUCCAUCAUCCUUCUUUCCAAUCAACACCGUUCACUUUACGGAAGAAGCAAGCAAAGCUGCCAGUAUUGUCACUUAUGGUUAUAUUGAAAUUGACUCAGGAAAAUCCCUUCCACUCUUCAAUGACAAAAAUUUCCGCUCCAGAGUCAUCACGAAAUGCGUCCACUGCACUGCAUGUGAAUCCGGAAGAUCCAGAAAAACACGCUCCGAAACAAAAUUCUGGAAAAGCAGUCAAACCAAACCACAAUUUAAACUAUGGUUUUCAGACUGUCGAAAAAAGAAAAAUAAAACUGAAUAA